AUGGCUUCUAAGAACAUCAACACACAAUCUGGAGGUAGCCGUGCCCCACUAUCCGACGCCAAAUCCCAGCGCGGGUUCCAAGCGGCGCGUGAAUUUGUGCGCGCGUGUGAGGGCCGCGACCCCCUGGAUGAGGCGGCGGCCGAACAUGGUCCCAGUCUUGUGUAUCACGACCACAAAGAAAUCGCUCGACCUUUCGGGGAGGAGCGCAGCGACCUUGUCCGUCGCGCGAUUGACCAACCAGAUUGUGGGUUGGCUCGCUUGCUUCUGGAAGCCGGUAUACCUAUGCCGUCCUCCUAUGAUACACUGGGUCACAUUUUCGAGCGGCAGUCAUUGGCAAGGCAAGAGGGAUUUGCGGCGCUGCUGCUCUCUUACGGGGCGAAGUGCAAGCACCCGGACACCUCCUCCUUCCGACCCUUGUGUCUCCUGGGCAACGAACAAUUGGUUCGGCAAGCCUUGACGGACAACCCGGACUUCUUGCUGCGCCCCUCCUCUGUCGAGUCGGGGGUGUCCGUGGAGCAGCACCAGGCUGGAUCAUGGACUGCGUGCCUGGAUGUGAAUCCCCCCUUGGAUUGGGGUCUGUCGUUUGUCUCGGCCCUGGCGGCGGGGAAGCCUGAGGUAGCUUUGGCGAUGGUCGCGAGGGAGGAGCAGUUCUUCUCGCCGAACGGCCACCUCGCGUACCAGGCGAAAGCAGCCGCCGACUUUGGCUACCCUAGCGUCAUUCGGGCCAUCUACAAUCAGAAUGACCAUGCGGCGUAUAGAAAGGGAUUGCCAGAGAUGUGGAUAGAUCACGCACAGGAUGCCGUUAUAAAGCGUGAGCGCCUGUAUCAGCCCGCGGGGCUUCGGGUAUCUGGUGUUCUAUCACCGCUCCAGGAUCGCUCUUAUCGCUUGGUUCUGCAGAGUAGUGAUGGUACUUCUUCUUCUUCUUCUGGCGCACUGAGUAAGCCGCUCGUGUUUUACCUGGAUGGCCAUCGUACCUCCCUAACGGCGCAGGGAGGCUACGAACUCUGGCAAGGGGUAUUUGGCAGGGUGGACUAUUGGAACAAGGGCAGUCGUAGCAGAUAG